GAUUUACUACAUAAUAAUGCAUCUUGAAAGAGACUAUCAAAAUUGAAUCAACUAUCCUAUCCGUCUCGUCUGUGUACAAGAGUUGAAUUCCAAAGCACCAGUUUUGCUGCAAAACUACCAAACAAAAAAAGAAAAAGAAAAAGAAAAAAAAGAAAAAGAAAAAGGCACCAUUCCAAGCUGCAAACAAAACCCUCCCCAAAAGCAAACCUCAAUUCCAAUUCAAUCCAACAAAUAUUCCCCCAAUUCAACAAUCAAUCCAUGGCGGACUCCCCCGCCGGAGCUCCCCCGCUGCCGGAGCUCUCCAAUUCCACGGCGCUGCUGCUCCGCCUCAUGAGCAAGCGCCGCACCUGGGUCUGCCUCUUCGUCUCCGUCUACUCGCUGCUGCUCUUCCUCUCCUGGAACUUCCUCAAAUCCGUCCUCUCCCGCUACGAAUUCGACUCAGCGCCGCCGUCUGGCUGGCCUGCGCUCUACGCCUCGGCGCUCCUCGGCCUGGCCUUCGGAGUUCUCUCGAUGGUCGCCGCGCUGGCCGUCGCGGUGCCGGCCACGCUGGUGACGUGGACGACCGUGCUGGUGCUGCUCACCUUCUUCGGCAAGCCGAGGAAGACGCUGGUGGUGGAGGGGAAGAAAUUGACGGCGGAGAUCACCGGAUUCGUGGUCAAGGUGCUGAUCAAGGAAGGGAAUCUCGUCGCCGCUGUUUGUGCUGUGCUUGGAUAUUUUGCCCUUGUUAGGCAUAGGGAAAACGGCGGUGGCUCUCUUGAUUUUCAAUGAAAUUUCCCCAAAUUUUUGUAACGAUUAUGUAAUAUAUAGUCUAAUUAAUCUCCUAAAUCUAUGUCUAAUUUUGAAGACUA